AUGCCAACUAUGGAAGCUCAAAGCAAUGCCACCAUUAGCAAACCACUCGAUCCUCAAGAGCUUAAUAAUAUGAUUCAAAAUAAAAUUUCUCAACUUGAAACUGAAUCGUCACUUGAAGAUGAAGAAGAAAAGGCUAUUUCUAAAGCUGUUAAAAAAGCAAGUAAAGAAAUUAAAGAAAUUAUUAAUUCACAUGAUGAUCAAUUGGAGAAGAUCGAUACAAUUCAACAAAGGUAUAUGGAAUUGUUUCAAGAGAUGAAAAGACUCGAAAGAGAUUACGCAAAGAUGAAGAAACGAAAUGAAUUGUUGCAAAAGGAAAAAGAUUCAACAAAGAAUGAAUUGGCUAAAUCAAAUUCGGUUAAACAUAAAUUUGAAAAUAUAUGUCGUGAAUUACAUAAAGAAAAUAAAAGGAUCAAGGAAGAAAGUAAAAGAUUGGCAGCAAGUGAACAACAAAAAAGAGAAGAAUUAUCUAGCAAAUUUGAAAAUACCAUUUGGGAAAUCAAAUCUAAAAUGGAAGAAGAUACUGAUGAAAAGAAAAAAAGAGCGGAAGAUAAUGAAAUUUUUUUGGAACAGUACGAAUUACGUGAAAAACAUUUUAAUAGUGUUGUUCGAUCUAAAGAUCUGGAAUUACAACUGUAUGAAGCUAAAUUACACCAACAAAAGCAAUUGACAGAUCAAGAAAUUGUAAAGGUAAAUUCUUUGAAAGAACAAGUCGAGAACUUUACAAAGACAGAAGUUGAACUACGUAAACAACUCAGCACAUACGUAGAAAAGUUUAAACAAGUUGAGGAAACUUUGAAUAAAAGUAAUGAACUGUUCCUAAGUUUUCGUAAAGAGAUGGAACAGAUGAAUAAAAAAACUAAAAAACUUGAAAAAGAAAAUGCCACUGUUAAAGGAAAAUGUGAAACUAUGAACCGAAAUAUUUUGGAAAUGGCUGAAGAAAGAACUAAAGAUCAAAAAACUAUAGAAGAAUCAAAGAAAAAACAAACGAAUGAAGAUGAAGUAGUAAUUGUAGAAACAGUAGAAACAACAACAGAAACAGCAGCAGUAGCAAUAUUAGAUGUGGUGGAUGUGGUAGAGGAAGAGGAAAGGAAAGGAGACGAUGGAAGAGAUGAUUAUGAUGAUAAAGUAAAUGGAACUAAUAAUAAAGAUUUUUCCAAAGAAAAUAACAACACAGAUUCUUACACUAUUAUUAAAGAAAAUCAUUGUAGACUAGAUCGUGAAUUUUAUGUGAAAUUUGGCGAUAAUAAAGAGAUAUUGUUGUCAAAUGAUAAGAAGUGCUGA